AUGGCAUCCUGCCGCGCGUUGAACAAUACCGACGAGUCGACAGCCUCAGCUUCUCUCCAAGAGGAUAUUCGGCUUACAAACGCUCUAGUACAGCAGCUAGAUGACGCACAGGAUGACUGUCUUAAGGACGACGACGUCUCUGCCUCGGCUUUGUGCCGUUUACUGUCCCUACGAGCUGAAUGCACUACUACGUCUUCAUGCCAAAGGAUUAGCCAAGAAAUGAAAGUCCCAUUCCGAAAAGUUGGAUUCGGACAAUGUGGAAUUAUUUACGCACGGUCUACUGGCUACGUACUGAAGCUAGCAAAAAAACACUUCGAAGAUUCUUUGCUGGGAGACCUUCGAGCCCACCUCCGCGUCUACCAAGCCCUGGCUGACCACCCGACCGAUUGUCGCAUUCCAUCGGUCUAUAAAUACGUCACGGCGUCUAAUUCGUCAUGGUGGGAAGCAAACUCCCAUUUCUUUACGACUCAGGAUGAGCUUGAAUUGCCAACGAUGGCACUGGCCACUCAGCACAUCUUGCCUCUGCCUAAAAUCGUUCGAACGGCGUUGAUUGAUCUUUACUGCCCCGAGGAGCACAAGGCUACGGCGACGGAAAAUCCAUCAAACAAAGACUGCCUUGCUCGUGUCUACCUCGGCCGAAGUCGUUUGCCGAACACGCCCAAGUCUCCCAACUUUACGCUCCGGAAUUUCAAUCUUCAUCUUGAUCAGAUGUUGGAGCUGAACCUCCCCAUCUUGGAUUAUUCCAGGGCUAUUGGAGAGGCACUGGCCGUUAUCCAUUGGCGUGCAAAUGUCGAUGCAUAUGAUAUCGAAUUUGUCCUCGGAAGCGAAGCGGAAGCAAUCUACCAUCCAGAGCCGACCACCGUGCCUCAAGUUCGAAUGAAGGCAGAGGAAGUGGAAUCAAUGCCGACACACACCGACAUUGAUGAAAUUGUAUCCGUCAAUUUCAAGCAACGAUCAACGAGGCUCUGGGUUUUGGACUUCAACUUAUGCUCAAGAUGGGAUAUGACCCAGGUUCUCACAUCUGGCGGCGAGAAUGAGCUUGUUGAGCACUUGGUUCAGGCAUUCUUUGAAAAUGACCCGUACUAUCCAAGGCCGAUAAAAUCGGGAACAAAUGGCACAGGCAUGGGCCAAGUCCGAGAACAGCUUUGGGGGGUGUUUAGUUCAGCCUACUUGAAUAAGUCAAAAGCUGUGCUGGCUGGUUCAACUAUAGAGGGGGGGCUGAAAGAACGCCUUCUAGAGCUCCCAGAGGAUUUCAUUGCUUGUUGCAUCGCCGACGCUCUAUUUGGCCAAAAGUCGGAUAAUUAG